GAUAUGGGAACAGCUAAAUCUCUUUAGAGUAAGAGGUCUUUACACUUACUCAAAAAAGAAUACUUUUUAUGCACGUAAAUUAUCUACUGCACCACCCGACGUAAUAUUUUUUAUACCACUUUGGUAUCUAGAAAGGCAACCAAAUAGGCACAAAAAGACAACUCGUAUCCUUAAUAUAGAACCAGAUAUCCAAACAG